AGAUUAAAGUGCUCUAGUGGGGAAGGGCUUAGAGGCUGAGUCAAAAGCCAAGAAGUCUCUUUAUUUACGCCUACCUCCCAGUCCUUGGCAAUCUGACUAAUAACAAACUGAGCUAACAAGAAAGACUAGAAAGGGAGGAAAGAGAACAUAGCUGCAGCUUGGAUCUACAACCUAAGAAAGCAAGGGUGAUCAAUUCCAGCUCUGUUAAACAUCUUGUUUAUUUACUGCAUUUAGCAGCUUGCAAAUGGUUAACUAUAUGCAAAAAAAGUCAGCAUAGCCGCGAAGUAUGCUGUGAAUUCUAAUUGGGGGACAAAAAAAGACAGCUGCUUCAGGGUGAUCUAGCAUGCAUGCUGCUUGAUAUAUUUUAAAUGAAAUCCUCAGCAUUUUGCCUUUGACCGGCGGUUUUAAGUUUUAUGAAGCAAUGGAACACGCUAAAAAAGUGAGAUCGGAGAAGAAAGUGCAUGGUGGUCAGUGUUUUCUUUUUUAAUAAAGAAACUGAAUUCUACUUAGAACAUCUCUUCCAGCUGUGCAUCACAGAUAACAUCAAGAAGUGUCUCUGCUUUACAGAGUCAGAUUCCACCACAUGACAACAUGAAGCUGUGGUUUCAUCUCUUAUAUUCAUCUCUCAUUUCCUGUGUAACUUCACAGUCUCAAUCUCCAAUGUCCUCACUCAGAGGCUCUUGUGAUUCUCUUUGCAAUUGUGAGGAAAAGGAUGGCACAAUGCUAAUCAACUGUGAAGAUAAAGGUAUCAAGAUGUUAACUCAAAUAAGUGUGCCACGAUCACGACCAUUUCACCUGAUUUUAUUAAAUAAUGGCUUGACAAUGCUUCACACAAAUGACUUUUCUGGACUCACCAAUGCUCUCUCAAUACACCUUGGAUUCAACAAUAUCGCAGAUAUUGAGGCUGGAGCAUUUAAUGGCCUUGGCCUUCUUAAGCAAUUGCAUAUUAAUCACAAUUCCUUAGAAAUUCUCAAAGAGGAUACCUUUCGUGGACUGGAAAACCUGGAAUUUCUACAAGCAGAUAACAAUUUCAUUACAGUAAUUGAACCAAGUGCCUUUAGCAAGCUCAACAGACUGAAAGUGUUGAUUUUAAAUGACAAUGCCAUUGAGAGCCUACCUGCAAAUAUAUUUCGAUUCGUUCCUUUAACCCAUUUAGACCUUCGUGGCAAUCAGUUGCAAACAUUGCCUUAUGUUGGUUUUUUAGAACACAUUGGCCGGAUAUUGGAUCUGCAGCUGGAAGACAAUAAAUGGGCUUGCAAUUGUGACUUACUGCAGCUGAAAAUUUGGCUGGAAAACAUGCCUCCCCAGUCUGUAAUUGGUGAUGUUGUAUGCAACAGUCCUUCAGUUUUCAAAGGAAGUAUUCUAAGUCGACUGAAAAAGGAAUCCAUUUGUUCCACUCCACCAGUGUAUGAAGAACAUGAGGAUCCCUCAGGAUCAUUACACCUGGUGGUGACAUCUAUAAGUGACAGUCGUAUGUCAACCAAGACCACUUCCCUUUUCAAACUACCCACCAAAGCACCACAUUUGAUACCUUAUAUUACAAAGCCAUCAACUCAACUUCCAGGCCCAUACUGUCCUAUUCCUUGUAACUGCAAAGUGCUAUCUCCAUCAGGACUUCUAAUACACUGUCAAGAGCGAAAUAUUGAAAGCUUGUCAGAUCUACAGCCUCCUCCACAAAAUCCUAGAAAGCUUAUUCUAGCAGGAAAUAUUAUUCAUACAUUAAUGAAGUCUGAUCUAGUGGAAUACUUCACUUUGGAAAUGCUUCACUUGGGGAACAAUCGUAUUGAGGUUCUUGAAGAAGGAUCAUUUCUAAAUUUAACAAGAUUGCAAAAGCUCUAUCUAAAUGGUAACCACCUGACCAAAUUAAGUGGAGGCAUGUUCCUUGGUCUCCAUAGUCUUGAGUACUUAUAUCUUGAAUACAAUGCUGUCAAGGAAAUAUUACCAGGAACUUUUAACCAAAUGCCUAAACUUAAAGUUCUCUAUUUAAAUAACAAUCUGCUACAAGUCUUACCACCACAUAUUUUUUCAGGGGUUCCUCUAACAAGGAUAAACCUUAAAACAAACCAGUUUAGUCAUCUACCUGUCAGUAAUAUCUUGGAUGACCUUGAUGUACUGACACAGAUUGACCUUGAAGACAACCCUUGGGAUUGCUCCUGUGACUUGGUUGGACUACAACAAUGGAUACAAAAAUUAAGUAAGAAUACAAUGACAGAUGACAUCCUCUGCACUUCCCCAGAGCACUUAGGCAAAAAGGAAUUAAAAGCACUAAAUAGUGAACUUCUUUGCCCAGGUUUGGUCAAUAACCCAUCUUUGUCAACUCAGACUAGUUACAUAAUUGUUAGUACUCCUACAACUACAACUACAGCAGAUACUAUUUUAAGAUCACUCACUGAUGCUGUACCACUAUCUGUUUUAAUAUUAGGAUUGCUUAUUGUGUUCAUAACUAUUGUCUUCUGUGCUGCAGGAAUAGUGGUUCUUGUUCUCCACCGUAGAAGAAGAUAUAAAAAGAAACAAGCCGAUGAACAAAUGAGAGACAACAGCCCUGUACAUCUUCAAUAUAGCAUGUAUGGACAUAAAACAACUCACCACACUACUGAAAGACCCACUGCAUCACUCUAUGAGCAGCACAUGGUGAGCCCUAUGGUUCAUGUCUAUAGAAGUCCAUCCUUUGGCCCAAAGCAUAUGGAAGAGGAAGAAGAAAGGAAUGAGAAAGAGGGGAAUGAUGCAAAACAUCUCCAAAGAAGUCUUUUAGAAAGGGAAAAUCAUUCCCCACUCACAGGGUCAAAUAUGAAAUACAAAACCACAGACCAAUCAACUGAAUUCUUAUCCUUCCAGGAUGCCAGUUCACUAUAUAGGAACAUUUUAGAGAAAGAAAGAGAACUUCAGCAACUGGGAAUCACCGAAUACCUAAGGAAAAAUAUUGCUCAACUCCAGCCAGAUUUGGAGGUACAUUAUCCUGGAGCUCAUGAAGAAUUAAAAUUGAUGGAGACUUUAAUGUACUCAAGGCCAAGGAAGGUAUUAGUGGAACAGACUAAAAAUGAGUAUUUUGAGCUCAAAGCUAACCUACAUGCUGAACCUGACUAUUUAGAAGUUCUGGAGCAGCAGACAUAGAUGGAGAGUUUGAGGGGGUUUCACAGAAAUACUGUGAUUCUGUCUUAAUUUUAAAUCUUGUAAAUAAAGUGCCUUACAUGAGUGUGUUGUCAGUCAGAACUUAAGCACAGCAGUGACACAAUGGAGACAAAAAGAAGAUGAAGAACAAGAAGAAACUCAGGGAUCACUGGGAGAAGCCAUUGCAUUGUCUUCAGGCAAUUUUGUCUGCCCUCCUCAAAAGGAAAUGCUUACAUGUCAGGCAUUCAAGAAUUAUAGGAAUAUUUCUCCACACAUUUAAUAGUAUUUCAUAGAAGUCCUCUUGCAUACCUAAAAAGUUUCAAUAUUUAUCUUAUUGAGUUACUUUUCCCAUUGACUAAGCAGAAUUGGAUUUUGUCAUUUAAAAAUUACACUUCAAUAUGUAGUCAUACUAGGUAAGGAGUACAUUGUUUAUAUAGCCACUGUGUGCACUAUAAAAAUGUACAUUAACAAACACAACCAAUUUAUUUCUAUAUGGAAAAAAGAACUGGAACUUUAAUUAAAAAAAGUAAAGAGAGAUUAAAGGUUGAACUGUGUAUAUUAUGAGAGGCCCUAAACUUUGAACACUUGAACUUUUAAAAAUAUCACUGCUGUGCUUUCUGAAUUUAAAAAUAAGAACAAUUAGUAGUUCUGAUGGAAUAAGUAAGCAAAUGUUUUGAUUUUUCUGCACAAUCAUGUGAACAAUCUUAUUGUCAAUGCUGCUGUGAAUUAAGGUUUGUCAUUUGUGCUCAAAAUCUAAUCCUUAUUCUUGGAAUAUUUUUCAAUGCUACUGAUAUUCAACUGUAAAUAUGAUUGAUUAGUGUAUCCAUUAAGUUUGGUUUCUUUUAUAGCAUUAAUCCUUUGUAAAUUUGAAUGAACAUGAUAGAAAUAUGUUUCUUGUGGCAAGUAAUAAUUCACAGAUGUAAAACAAAUAAGAUAAAAAGUUACUUUAUUUUUUAUCAUUGUGUACUGAUAGUUGCCAUAAACCUGUAGCAAAAGGCACGUUUAAGGAUAAGUGGUUUAAGUUGCCUCAAGAAUGGGACAAUGUAGCUUUAUAUCACAAGAAAGUUUAGCUAGAUUUCUAUGAACUAUUUAUUCUGUACAGUUUUGUAUAUUUUUUGGUUCACAAAGGUAAUUAUUCUUGGGUGCCUUUUAAGAUAAUUAAAAAUACUGGUCACAACAAUAAAACUAAAAUGAAACCCACCUUUUAAAAUGUACUUUCUCCCAUAUAAACUGUUUUUUUAAUUGAAUCUAGACUAACACAUGCACAACUAUAUGCACAAAUACAGAAUUACAUUUAUUGUUGUUAUCUUCCACACAGAAGUCUAUUGUUCACAGCUGCAUUCAAUGUCACACAUUCAAACAAAACAGUAAGUAGGAACACAAAUUUCCCCUUCAAUAUGUGUAGCCCUUAAAAAUGAUUUUCUCAUUUGUCCUUUCCAAUCUUGGAAACUUAUGACAGAUUUUAGGUUUACAAAGAAUUUUUCAAUGGUUAAAUUUUGAUUGUCUUAUAUUAGUAUAGUAAUUUAUAAAACCCAGUGUAAUAAUUGUCUGAGGACCAUAGACUUAUAAUCAAACUUAAAUUCAGAUAUAUUUUUUCUUUUAUAUCAAGUAAUUAUCAAUCUCAACACAGAUUAAAAUUUUAAAAAUUUUCAUAAGAUAAAAUGAAAUUAAUCAAGGUCAUCUAGUUCUGUAUCAACACCACAAAGUCCCAUGGACAAUGUUAAAAUGAAACAAUUUAUUUCCUAUGAGGAAUGAUUUUUCCUUUAUUUUGAUAAAGUUAUUUUAACUAUGUUAGUAGUUACUGUAUGUUCUAUAUAGUAAAUGUUUUGGUUUGCAUCAUCAACUGCUUUCUUUAAUCCUAGCAAAGCUUAUAAUAUUUUUCUGAUUUUUGCAUGAGAAAGCCUUUGUGUUGAUAAAGACAGUUGAGGUCAACACUGUGAUAUAAAACCUAUUGGGGUACAAGUGGUGGUGCACCUGGUUAAGUGCACAUGUUACAGUGUGCAAGGAUGGGAGUUGGGCGGUAGUGCAGCGGGUUAAGCACACAUGGCUCAAAGUGCAAGGACUAGCGUAAGGAUCCCAGUUCGAGCCCCUGGAUCCCAACCUGCGGGGGGGGGGGGGUCCCUUCACAGGCAGUGAAGCAGGUCUGCAGGUGUCUAUCUUUCUCUUCCCCUCUCUGUCUUCCCCUCCUCUCUCCAUUUCUCUCUGUCCUAUCCAACAACGACAGCAUCAGUAACAACAUCAAUAAUAACUACAAUAAUGAAAAAAAAACAAGGGCAACAAAGAGAAAGUAAAUAAAUAUUUGAAAAUAUAUAUUUAAAAAAAAACAAUGUGCAAGGAUCUGGGUUUAAUUCCCUGGUCCCACCUACAGGGGGAAACUUCACGAGUGGUGAAGUAAUGCUACAGGUGUCUCUCUGUCUUUCUGUCUCUCUACCACUCACUCCCCUCUUGAUUCCUUACUGUCUCUAUCCAAUAAAUAAAAUUAAUGCCAAAAAAAAACUAUUGCAAGAGGUUUAUGUGUUUCAUUUACAUCGUCAGAUAUUAAUAGAAAGCAAGAAUACAAGAAUAUACGAAAUAGUCUGUUUUGUUGACAAAUUUCCUUUAGUUUCCAAGGAUGAAAAGGAUACCAGUGAGAAAUUGUUUUUUAAUUAUAUAUAUUAAAGAGUACAUUGCUACAUAUUUUUCUUCUUUCUUAGAUCUACUAAUUUACUAGUAGAAGUAAAGUGGCAUCACUCUGUUACAUGUGAUGUCAAGGAUAGAACUCAGGACCUCGUUAGAGAGUCCAGCACUUCUUCCACUGUGCCAAUUGCUAAGUUAGAAGGAGAAAUUUGUAUGCAUAUGUGCUGCUUUUUUGUGUUUAUCCACUAAAAAAUAAUUCAGCACCAUAAAGAACACUAAAGACUUCAAAGCGUGAUGUUUGAAGUUACAUUCUAAAAAAGAACAAAGCAAGAACAGAAUUCAAGUCUGCUGUCUAGUAGGGUGUCUGUCAAUUUUUUUCUAAUUCCAAUCAGGAGCAUAAAGGUAUUAUAGAGACAAAAAAUUACUCCUAUUCUUGAAGGAAUGUUGGAAUGAAUCCAUAAAUGCAGACCGAGACAUGUCCUUAAGAACAUGCAUCCUUUUAAGAUGGGAUUUUUUUUAAUUUUUGUGCAUUGCUAAUUACCUAAAGUAAUAAUGUUCAUACAUCAACUUGUAAUCAAGAUGAACCAAAGUUGUUUAUGAAGUCACGUAAUUAUAUUUUCCAAAUUAAACACAACCCAAGACUAAAAGCCUGUGAGAGUGUGAAUAUAACUUAUGUAGAAAUCAUUUGCAACCCACAAAGACCCUGGGUCCAUACUCCCAGAGGGAUAGAGAAUGGGAAAGCUAUCAGGGGAGGGGAUGGGAUAUGGAGACUGGGUGGUGGGAAUUGUGUGAAGUUGUACCCCUCCAAUCCUAUGAUUUUGUUAAUGUCUCCUUUCUUAAAUAAAUAAAUAAAUA